AUGGAAUCAGCCCGUGCUCCAGGGACGGUCGACCUCAUUUCCGCUCACGGCCCCGAAGAAGAAUGGUCCCCAUUGACAGAUGGCUUCGGGGGUUUGGUCGACAUUGAAACCCUUGCCGGCGGCAGUGGCCAAACAAACCCUAGACUCGACACCGAAAACCUGUAUGACGAUGACAUGAUCGGCGUCAGUAUGAGUCGAGUCCAAACACAGAUGAGAUCUCCACAAACCCCUGUGGCCGAGAAGGCUAAGGCUCUCAAUCUACCGGUCGACUAUUUCCGCAGAAUUCUAGCACUGUCAGAAGAUUCUGAAGACGACGACUCCAGCGAUGCAGCAAAUGAUACCCAGCCCAGCACACCGAACGCUAACCUGAGGCCACCUGCGCUCUACCAGAGUGGUGCCGAACCAUCCGCCUUACGCCAGAAUAGCAGAACGAGUGCCUCUACGCACGAUUCGAUUUUGGCCAAUCAGCAUGAGCGACACACUAGGCAUUUCGUCAGUGAACCAGAUAUCCCCUGUAUCAAGACACAGUCUCCACAGGAUUCGAAGGUAGAAGAUGCAGAUGAACCUGCGAGGCCACUCUACGAGCAUCCACUCCCGCCGCACCCGAACCGUAGACCACCCACGCCGCCUGAUGACGAUCAAAUUCCCCGGCAGACACGAAGUUACGAGAACGGCGUGUCACGCGUUAACAACCUCGAAAAAGGCCCCGACUCGCCGCACGCUCACAGAUCGUCCCUAACCAAGAAUAUUUUGAGCGGAGCUGGAAGUGAGCGACGGCGCAGUCUCUCAUCGGCUCCAACGAACUUACUUUCCAACCUGCGAAAACUGUUACCGGAGCUUCCAUAUGGGAAUUUUAACAUGAGUUCCAUCUCUCUUGCCUUUUUGCCGCCGAGCAGCGGGAACUCUGGCCAGCAGAGUCCAGCUGGCGGUCAGAUCACACCAACCAAUAAACCAUUCCGAUGGUCUCUUCGCGAACCACUUCAAAGACGUAGUACUGGCGACACAUAUCGCAAUAUGCAGCCACCGAUGUCGACCCUCGACCUUAGCCCUGUGGCUCGGAGUCAACUAGACGGCAAUGUGGAAUCGUUACUCUCUCCGACCAGUCCAGCGUCAAACACUAGCCGGGCACGUUCCAACUCUGAAGGCUCGAUAUACAUCAGGAGAAGGGUCUCGGGUGUAUCGGCGUACGACGACAUUAGCGCAUUUUCUCACGUUACUGAUAUGGCCAAUUCUCGAUUCAAAGCCAUAACAGACAGUUUCCAGAAUUCGUCCCUCAGAUUGCCUCGGCUGCCCGCACUUCGACAAGUGGCGAAACGACGCACGUCGCCUGCCCAGUUCAACAGAGAGAUCCCUCGAGGAGUGGAUGCGGGCAGUGGCGAUGGACAAGGCCGGGUUUACCAGUACGGAUCGGUCCAGAAGAUGCGGAUUGCAGCAAAGGGCGUCGAGGUGGAAACCCCGCAGCAGCGAGCGCAUCCAAUACUGUCACAUGCGCUCUCAAAGACUACAGGCGACAUUGUUAUUCUGGGUGGGUAUAGGGGAUCAAUCUUGAGAUCAGCACAGCCUCCUCAUCGACAACUCUGGGUUCCUAUCAAAGUCGGACUAAACAUGCGUAAGGUAGAUUUGGAGGUUGGUUUAACUCGAGAGGAUGAAGAGCGCAUGGAGCAGACCGUCAUCCCGUCCGGCAUUCUUUCGCAUAUUGGUCCUAUUGACAUUUGCCGAAGGUUGCUUAAACAUAUGAAGAAAUGCCCCAACACACGUGAGAAUAGACUCCGAGUGCACGACUGGGGUUAUGAUUGGCGGCUCUCUCCUGAUCUGCUUAGCGGAAAGUUGAUCAAGUUCUUGGAAUCGCUGGAGUGCAACCAUCCAGAGACGCCUCACGAGAAGCGAGGGGCCACGGUUAUCGCCCACAGUCUUGGGGGGCUGAUCACACGACAUGCGGUCAAUCAACGUCCGGAUCUCUUUGCGGGCGUGGUUUACGCUGGUGUGCCACAGCACUGUGUCAAUAUUUUGGGACCUUUGCGGAACGGGGACGACGUCCUUUUGAGCUCCAGAGUUCUCACAGCCCAGGUCAAUUUCACGCUCCGAACCAGCUACGCUCUUCUUCCAGAGGACGGCCGCUGCUUUAUCCAGAAGCACACCAACAAGCGGUAUGACCUGGACUUCUUUGAUCCCCACGUCUGGGACGAAUACCACCUGUCUCCCUGCAUCAACCCACCGAUACCACGCAGCUACCGGGAAAAGGAAGAUCGUGAUCGUAGGAAGAGCAUCAUCGGAGCUCUCUCGGAGAGCAUUUCAGGACCCAGCAAACGUACUUCCUGGCUUGUGGGACAAGGUCCCCAAAGCCAAACCUCGCAGCAAACCGAUGCCAGAGAUGGUCUGGAAGAAGCGCGCCAGCAUGCCGUCGACAAGGCACUGGAGGCAGGUCAGGACAUAGAAGGCAAUGCAGAAGGAAUGGUUGGACCGUCGAUGAAACAAUCUCAUCACCGAGGCAGUAUCGCAACUUCGGUAACGAUUCCCAAAGACCUCGCGGAGGACUAUCUUGAUCGGACACUGGCGGAGGUAUCGGUUUUUAAACAGCAGCUGAAGUUCAACCCCAGCCACCAGGAAAACAAUCUUUACCCGCCGCACGCGUUCAUCUUUGGCAAGACGGUGCCCACCGUUUACGGAGCCAGGGUCGCCAAUAAGGAGGCGAUCAAGUAUACGGAUGCAUUCGACGAUCUAGCGUUUGCGGCAGGAGAUGGAGUAGUCCUGGCGAGUGCAGCACAACUACCAGAAGGAUAUCGUUGCGUCAAAGGGGGCCGAGUGGAGAGUGAUCGAGGACAUGUGGGCAUUAUGGGCGACCUAGAAGGCAUGGGCCGCUGUCUCGAGGCAGUAGUUGAUGCCAGAGCUAAGGGCGUUGGGUUGGGAAACUCAUAUGCUCGCCACACGCGGGACUCGAGCGAUUCAUGA